AUGGCUACUGUCGCAACCAAAACCGCAACCCCCGUCAUGCCUCCCUCCUAUUCCAUGUCGCAGGACCUCUCCCGCGCCAUGACAGCCUCAACCCAAAAGGCAGAAAAGACCCGCUCAAUCCUCAUCGAUGGCAUGCCUCCCGCGCCUCCACCAUCCCCCGUCUCCUACGCCAAGGGCAAAGCUUGCUACAAUAACAUCCCCAGCUUGAGCCUGGAGUGA